CGACGUUCAUGGCCGCCUCCUAGACUCGAAUAUACUCGACACCUGACGUUGAAAGAAGGCUUGGGUAUUCCAGAACGACGCUCUUCAUCCUAGAGGAAGGCUUUACCAUGCAUAUGCCGUACUCAGAACGUCUUGUCGACACCAAGGUCUUGCGUCAAGGAUGAUGACGGCCGAGCAAACUGGGUUCACAAUGAAUCGCCAACGCCGCUCUAUAAAACUUUGACCUCUUUCUGGACUGCAACCUCUGUGGCCCACUCGAUCUUGCGACCAAAUCGAACAAUCAUGCAACCCUUCACGCUCCUCGCCACUAUCUAUGCUGCCCUCUUCGUCACGCGGCCCGGCCCCUUCGACGAUGUCAAGGACGAGUUCUACCGCGCAAAGAUCGUGCCAGAUGUCCUGCCCUCCUUCGAGCCCUUGCUCGAGCUAUACGUCGAGUUCCCUGGGGCCGUCGUACGGAAGCCUGGCGUGGAGCUCGGUGUGAAGGACACGGACACCUUCCCUCGAUUUGUGAUCAACUCCGUUCGUCACAAUGACAUGUUCAAGAAAUAUGUUCUCUUCGUCGUCGACCCCGACGCGUACUACCCCGACGACCCAUCCGUGUCGCAAGUGCGGCACUAUCUGGGCGCCAACUAUACGGUUGAGGGCGUUGGUGAAGACCAUAUCUGGUCGGUAGCGCCGCAAGACAACCUCCGCACGCCCUUCACAUCCCCCAUCACGAAUUUAACCGAGCCCGUCACGGAAUGGAAAUCGCCCGCGCCGCCUGAGGACUCAGACGCACACAGAUACAUUGUUCUUGCCUAUCGCCAACCUCCCCUCUUCACCUACGACUUCAUCGCGCCGUACCUCAAGUCUGACCGCCAAGGGUUCAACGUUUCCGAGUUCGCCCUCAACGUUGGGUUGGAUGGUCCGGUUGGGGGGACAUACUUCACGGUGGAGGCUUGAGGAUGGGGAAAGUCAAAGAGGCGUGAAAACCGAGGAGACCGAACUUCAAAUAACCGCGCCGGGACGUCGAAGGACAUGGUAGACGUCGAUCUGCUCAUGCGCCGCCGUCUCCUCUCUUGGACUCGACUCAGCAUUGUAAGCUAGUGGCAGGUACGGCUUCAAAGUGUACUAUUAGUAGGGCAACCUGUUCGAUUUUUGGCUCUCACA